CGCUCUAAAGUGCGGACUGUGCAUAGCGGACGAAAGAAAGCGCAAGGCUGUGCGGCAAGUUGUGAUUUUCCUUCUAUGUUCGCGCAACAUCGCGGACGACAGAGGGGAUUCGUAUUUUGUCAUCCUUGUCAUCGAUGCACCGGGAGCCGUUCUGUCAAACAAUAGAAGCGAACCGUGUCCGUGGUGCCGUGGCAGCGAGUUGGUCCCACCAUCGUUUGGCAUGGGAGACGGCAAGGAGAGCGAGCGGCAGCCGCUGCUGAAGAAUGAAAACGUCACGUACAGCUCGCACGCCAGCGAUGCGAUCGAUGAGACGCAAUCUACCGUGCACACCGUCUCCACAAUUGGGCCGGAUGAGCUGCCGCCGCCGUACCAGUCUGCCAUCCAGGGUGGCAUGCCGAUGGUCACCUGCAGAGUUUGUCAAGCGAUGAUAGAUAUCUCUGGCAAGAGGGAUCAACAUGUCGUUAAAUGCUGUCAGUGUAAUGAAGCCACACCUAUACGGAAUGCUCCUCCUGGAAAGAAAUAUGUACGAUGUCCAUGCAAUUGCCUGCUGAUAUGCAAGAGCUCCUCGCAGCGUAUUGCCUGUCCCAGGCCAAAUUGUAAACGUAUAAUUAAUCUGGCUCCAAGUCCUAUUACACCGCCAGUUCUAUCUAUGCCAGGCAUGUGCAGGGUAGGCUGUGCUCAUUGCCAUGACACAUUCUUGUUUAACACAUUAAAUAAUGCUUUGGCUCGAUGUCCCCAUUGUCGUAAAAUAUCUUCCGUUGGGCCAGACUUUGCCAGAGGAAGAGGGAUUGUAUUCGUUAUUGUUGGAAUUAUAGCUUUAGUAAUUGCUAUAGGAGUAACGGUUGGGACCUAUAAAUAUGUAAAAACGAAUGGUGGUAUCUAUGUAGCUUAUGUUGGUGCAUUUUUGUUGGCGCUCUUAUGUCUGGGACGCAGCAUUUAUUAUUGUACAAUGAAGAUCAGUUUGAUAGAAGGUCCCAUGUAGUCCCCGAAAUAACAGCGAACGAACAAUGAUAUGGAAAUCAAUCCCACUGAAAUGAAUGUCAUGUAAUCUAUUUAGAACAAAUGUUUAUAGUAAUGUGACAUUUCAAAUCCUUUUAAGACAAGAACGAUAGAUAUAUAAUAUAUACAUGGCCAUAUGUGCGUAUGCAGAUCUGUAUUGUUUAUGAUAAUAACGCAUGUAUACAUUCUUAUAUAAUACGCAUACACAUAUGAACGUGUUUCGUGAUUCAGAAGAAAGCAAACGUUUGCGACGCUUUCCUCAGGUAAGAUAAACGAUCGUAGGAAAUCUCUCGAGAGAGCCUGUAUUUUAUGAGGAAUCAUUCCUCUGCACUUUUAUAUGUACAAGCAUAGGGGCAAUAGCUAUGGGCUCCCGAGUUUUAUUUUCAACUUACUGACUAAAGAAUAUGCUCUAUAUAAAUAUAUAUACAUAUACAUACAUGCUUUAUAUCAUUACAUUACGCGGCAUCACAUUAUCAGGUGCACACAGAUAGAAUCAAAGUGCAAACUAGUUCAUAUUAUUCCAAAUACGCAUAAAGUAAGUUUUAAAGCCCAUAUAUAAGCUUGUACGAAUUAUUUUUAAAUUUCUUCUUAUUUUCUACAUAUGCAAACAUCUGUAUCGAAAAUAUAAAAAAAAAUAAUUGUUUCAAAUAAAUUUCUGGGUUUAUAUGGAUCUUAUAGUAAUGAGACUAUGUGUGUGAUACAAGUGUAUAUAUUAAUUAUAUUAAUAGAUAAUGCAAUUAAAUAAUACAAAUAUUGAAUCCCAUUAAUUAUUACACAAAGCAUGCUGCGCGUCGUCUUGAAAUUUUUAGUUUUUGCUGUAAAAUAUGUGACUUCAUUGUUAUGAAAGUUUAUGUAUUAUUCCUGCUGAUCGGCGUUUCUCUCGUCAUACAACUUCAUCUAAUCUAUGAUGUUAUUUUAAAUAUAAUUCUUCUUUCUGUAAUACAAAUCUUUUCUA